AUAAAAUUUUUCAUUGUGUGCGUCCGAAACUUGUCUUUCCCAAACACCACGCCCUGCAGUAUUGGGCAAAUAUCCGCUUUAUAUCCUUCCUUUCAAGCCAGUUUGAAUCUAAAAAAAAAAAAGCAUUUAUUUGUAUACUAUUUUGGAUUCGAAAUAUCACGAAAAAAUUUUCGUCGUACAAAACCUCCUUUGAAAAUCUUUUAUAGACAGUUGUCCCUCACGAACUUUUUUUCUUGGCUUCCUUUCUCUUCUCCUUUUUCUUUAAUCUUUUUCUUCUCUUUUGUUUUAUUUUAUUGUUUGGAAAGUACCGUCUUUUAUUUUUAUUUUUUUUUUAAUCAUGGGCAAUAUGGAAAAAAUCACAGAAAAUAAAGUCUACAAAAAACUCAAAGAUGUUAUUUUGUUGGAACAAAAGCCCGGCUUAUCUUUAAAGCAACGAAUGUUGACUAACGAAGAUUUAUAUCCUGUCCCUAGCAGCAAGCGUCUUUGGGGUUAUUGGAAUUAUGUUUCUUUCUGGCUCGCCGAGUCUGUAAACAUUAAUACCUGGAUGAUUUCCGCUACUGCCAUUGAAGCUGGUCUCAAUUGGUGGGAAGCUUGGAUUUGCGUUUGGGUAGGCUACAUGAUUUGUGGUCUUUUGAUCGCCGCAACUGGUCGUCCUGGUGCCGUCUAUCAUAUUUCUUUUCCUGUACUUUCCAGAUGUUCAUUUGGUAUAUGGGGUUCUUUCUGGCCCGUUUUGAAUCGCAGUGCUAUGGCUUGCAUUUGGUUUGGCGUCCACGCGUGGAUUGGAGGUGAAUGUGUUGUUUUAAUGAUAAGAUCUAUUUGGCCCUCCUUUUCCCAUAUCCACAAUACCAUGGAGAAAAGUGGUACCCAAACUUACCAAUGGGUGGGCUUCUUUAUCUUUUGGCUCGUUUCAAAUGUUGCGAUCUGGUUUCCAGUUCAUCAAAUCCGCCAUCUUUUUACCAUGAAAGCUUUUAUCGCUCCUCCUGCCGCUGUCGCCUUUUUAAUUUGGGCCCUCGUUAAAGCCAAAGGAGCCGGUCCUGUCAUUCACGAACCUACAAGGCUUUCAACGUGGGAACAUGGUUGGACUGUCGUAAAUGGCAUCGUAACUGUCUUGGACGGUUUUGCUACUCUGGCCGUCAAUAGUCCAGACUUUGCGAGAUUUGCAACUACACCUAAUGCCAAUCGCUGGCCUCAAAUUAUUACUGUACCCCUCUCAUUUGGUAUCACAUCUUUGAUUGGUAUCCUCGUCAGUUCUGCUUCCAAGUCAAUCUAUGGCAACGCUUAUUGGGACCCAACUGAACUUCUUUCAGCUUUUUUGAAUCAUUCAAAUGCCCAUGGCGUCCGAGCUGGUGUUUUUUUCAUCGCUUUCGGUCUCUGUGUUGCCCAACUUGGUACAAAUGUUGCUGCAAACUCUGUUUCUGCCGGUAACGAUGUCUCUGCAUUACUUCCUACUGUGUUUAAUGUCCGCCGUGGUGCUUAUCUCGCUUCCAUAAUUGCAAUUUGUAUGUGCCCUUGGAAUUUGCUCAGUUCUAGCAACAAUUUUACCACCUAUCUUUCUUCUUACUCCGUUUUCAUGUCCGCUUUUGCCGGAAUUUUCAUUGCUGACUAUUUUAUAAUCCGUAAAGGAUAUAUUCGAACUUCACAUCUUUAUAGAGCCGAUGAUUCCAGUUGCUAUUACUUUUACAAGGGGAUUAACUUCCGUGGCUUUGUUUCUUAUAUUUGCGGCAUGUUGAUAAACAUUGUUGGUAUGGCUGGCUCCACCGGUCAGAAAGUGCCGGCUGCCGCAAAUACCAUGUUUAAUCUCAAUUAUUUUUUGGGAUUUAUAGUCAGCGGCUUAACCCAUAUUUUGCUCUGCUAUGUGUUCCCUGUCACUGAGAUUGGUGAGAAAUUCUUAAGUGAAACACCUCAAGAAACAGAGGAGUUCUUAAUCAGUCUCGAAGAUACAACUGACACUUCUUCUGAUUACUUCAUUGAUGGUUUGCCAAGCAAAGAAGAAGAGAAGAGCGAUAUUCACAGUCUUAACUCCAAAGAAGUUGGUUGUUUGCCAUAAGUCAUAUUUUUUUUUUUCUUUUUACGUAUCUCACUAAUUGUUAGUCGUUUCGUUUAAAUUUUUUUGGUUUUGGAUUAGUUAAUUUCUGCCUUGAUUCCUUGAUUUAUUAUGUAUUUAUAUCAAAAUCACCUAUUGACGAAAAAUAGCUAUAGCAUUUUCAUUUGAAUCAAUGCAGGUAUCAGGGCUUCAUUUUAUUUAUUUUUAGAUAUUUAUUUUCCAUUUUUGUAUGAUUAAGAUGUUAUGUCUUUCUUUACGUUAAUAAUAUG